ACGACGAUCGCUCCUCGUUGACUAGCUUGGUCUGUAAAAUGGCGUCCUAGGUCUCAGUAGUAACGCGGUUGAUGAGACAUGUCAACAUGUCUCUGCUCAGAGUUUGUGCCUUUGCUAAAUGUUUAAGCCGUCGCAGUUUAUUUGGCAUUGUUCGCGUGUCUCUUGCGGACCGCUGUCAGCUGUGUGUGUCUUUAAAGGACAGCUCAGUGAGACGAAUAUCAGAGACACCCUUGCAGCUUCAAAGAAGAAAUGUUUCGCUUGUAAUCCCAAGGAGAGAAGAUGCUAAGACGCGUGUACUGAAACAGUCUCAGUUGUUAGACGUGCUUGAGGCCAGGAUCCAGCAACUCCAAUCUGACACCGUUUUAGAUGUCCAGCAUGCAAAUGUGCAGUUUGUUAAAGCCCCCUCUUCUGGAAGAGGGGUUUUAUCUGCUAAGGGUCCCAAAAGCACACCAAAAGAGAAAACUGACAUUCCUAAAUCAGGAAAGACUGUUGCUAAAGGAGCUUCUAACUCGCGCUGGAUGGAAAAAUUGAAUCAGGAGAAUAAAAACAAACUCACAAUACAGCUCCGUCAGAAAAUACAGAAGAAUGUGAAGGAGAAACCUACAGCCAAAUCUAAAGGUAGCAAAAGCAGCUCGUUGUUCCCCGGUACAUCACAUAAAACCAUAUCUACCUCUGCUAAAAAGACUGUGCCUUUGAUUAAGAACAGCAGAAGUUGCACGGAAUUGUCGGAUGAGAUUCAUGCAGCAGUUUUUUCAACAGUCACCUCCGCUGCUGCUGCUGCAGCGGGGACAGCAGACAUGGCACAUAAAGUAUCUAAAGGGAAACAGAAGGUCUCUAAAAAUCAGGUUCCCGGUAAAGAGGACCAGAAGCAGACUGUUACUGAUGCCCAGGACAGGGCCAAAGAGCUGGCUGAGGUGGAGGACCUGGAGAGGACAGGACGCCUACAGAAGGACAGCAAGGGAACUGCAAGUGGGGACAUCCAGCUGAGCAUCUGUUGUUACCUGGAGGCGUGUGUGUUUGCUGGGAAUGUUGAGAGGGCUCACCGCUUCCUGCUCAGCCAGCACAGAGUCAUCAGUCGACGUAAACAUCUGAGCACGGAUGUCUACAACAUCAUGAUGAGAGUGUGGGCCAAGAAGGGCACAUUAAAUCACAUCGGCCGCAUAUUUAUUCUGCUAGAGGAGGCUAGUCUGAAGCCAAAUCUGGGAUCCUACUCUAGUGCCCUGGAGUGUAUGGGCCGCAAUUCCAACUCCUCACCAAAGAGCAUCUCAAGGUGCCUGAGCCAGAUGGAGGGGGAUGGCCUGUCUGUGGACGACCUGUUCAGCCGGUGUGUGUUCCGGCAGGAUGAGAGAGACAUGGUGCUAAAGGCCGUGCGCAUCGUCCAGCCCGACUACCAGCCCAACCUCAACGCAAGCACAAGCCAGUGCGCCUCAUCUCUGGUUCAGGACUUCUACACACAGAGGUCAGACCACCAGUACCCCAAACUGGACUUCACUCGGGAGGAGCUUCAGGAACGUUUCAAACAUCAGCUCAGCAUGGAACAGGCCUGCACCAUCACCAUCGACUCUGUAGAGGUUGCCAAGCCCGUCACUAAAAACAUGGUCAAAAUGAGGGAGGUGCUGGCGGAUCAGCGGGCACAGUGGCAGAAGAUCCUCCUGCAGGCCCUGAGGGAGAGUAAGAUGAUCCUGGCUAACACCAACACCAAGGACUUCAGGCUUAACCUUUAUCCCUACCUCUGUGUGCUGGAGGAUAGCGAGUAUGUUGACAUCAUGAUUCAGAGCAUUGCCGUCCUGCCUCCAAGUGGAGAGGCGCUGAAGAUUUUAGCCAGAGAUCUGGGCCACAGGGUCCACACCCAGUACUAUGUGCAGCAGAAGCACCAAAGUCAGAUGGUGGAAAAGUUAGGCAACAUUUACAACACUUACACGGACCUGCUGGCCAAAGAUACAAAGGAGUACGGCGUCCUUCCCAGAGAGCAUUGGUGUAAGCUGGAGAUGGACCACAGUUCAGGACCCACGCUGCAGGGAGGAGAGACCCACUGGCCAUACAUAGUAUCCCUGAAGCUGGGCACUUACAUGGUGGAUAUGAUGGUCAAGAACCUCAAAAUUAAUAGCGACAUCAUAAACCCGGCUUUCAACAGGAAGCUCAUCCCCAUCCUCUACCACAUGUACGCCUUCCGAAGCACCCGACAGGUCGGCUUCAUCAAACCUCACCCCAUCCUGUCUCAGAUGCAGCAGGAGGCCACGGAGACCAGGCUGACCUUUGACUCCUAUGUGAUGCCGAUGCUUUGCCCUCCUGUGCCCUGGACGUCUGCCAAGUUUGGAGCCUACCUGCUGACACCUACCAAGCUGAUGCGUACAGUGGAAGGGGCCACACAACACGAGGUUUUGUUGGAGAGAUGCCAGAACCUCCACGCUGUCCUGGACUCUCUCAACCAGCUGGGCAACUGUGCCUGGCGUAUCAACAAACCCUUGUUGGAUAUUAUCAUCUCCAUCUUCAAUGAUCGGGGUAACGAUAAGCUAGACAUCCCUCCUCCUAUGUCGGAAGCCCCCGGAAUACCCCACUUCAACACCCAAGAUCCUGCUUAUACCGCUUCUGAGAAAGCCCUCAUGAAGAGGGAGGUGAUAAAUGCCAAGAAGAAAAGCAGCGAGAUGCACAGCCUGCGUAUGAGUGCUCUAUAUAAACUCUCCAUCGCCAACCACAUGCGUGAUGAGAUCUUCUGGUUCCCUCACAACAUGGACUUCCGGGGACGUACCUACCCCUGUCCUCCGUACUUUAAUCACCUAGGAAGUGAUGUCACACGGGCUGUCCUUGUGUUUGCAGAGGGGAAGCCCCUCGGUCCGAAGGGACUGGACUGGCUAAAGAUCCACUUAGUCAAUCUGACAGGACUGAAGAAGAGGAGCUCACUAGAGGGACGGCUGGAGUACGCCAACACUAUCAUGGAGGACGUACUGGACUCUGCCGACAACCCUCUCAAUGGCAAGAUGUGGUGGAUGAAUACAGAUGAGCCGUGGCAGGCUCUGGGCUGCUGCAUGGAGAUAGCCAACGCUGUGAGAUCUCCUGAUCCAACGCAGUUCAUCUCUCAUUUUCCUGUUCACCAGGACGGCUCCUGUAAUGGUCUCCAGCACUACGCUGCUCUAGGCAGAGAUGUUAUUGGUGCAACAUCAGUCAACCUCAUGCCCUGUGACGUGCCCCAGGAUGUGUACAGCGGAGUAGCACAGCAGGUCGAGGAGUUCAGAGCGCGGGACGCAGCGAGUGGUAUGAAGACCGCCCAGGUCCUGGAGGGCUUCAUCAGCAGGAAGGUGGUCAAACAGACCGUGAUGACGGUCGUGUACGGGGUCACCCGCUACGGGGGACGCCUACAGAUAGAGAAAAGACUGAAGGAGAUUGAUGAGUUCCCCAAGGAGCAUGUAUGGGAUGCAUCUCAUUACCUGGUGCGUAUGGUGUUCAGCGGCUUAAAGGAGAUGUUUACAGGGACCAGAGAGAUCCAGGAUUGGCUGACAGAGAGCGCCAGGCUCAUCUCCAAGUCCGGCCACACUGUGGAGUGGGUGACACCCCUGGGUUUACCCGUCAUUCAGCCCUACCACCGCAAACGCAACCAAGUGCUGAAGAGUACCAUGCAGCAUAUCAACCUCCAGAUCACCCACGACGCCAAAGAGAGGCCAGACACAGUUAAACAGAAGAAUGCCUUCCCGCCAAACUUCAUCCACUCUCUUGACUCCACACAUAUGAUGCUGACUGCUCUCCACUGCUACAGUGCUGGCCUGACGUUCGUCUCAGUUCACGACUGUUUUUGGACCCACGCCAUCACGGUGGACACCAUGAACAAGGUCUGUCGGGAACAGUUUGUCGCUCUGCACAGCCAGCCAAUCCUUCAAGAGCUGUCCACCUUCCUGCUACAGAAAUACUGCACCGCACUCCCGACUGAGGCCAAGAACAAGAAGUACCAGGAGUACAGGAGGCUGAUGCUGCUGCUGGCCCAAGUGCCCCAGACAGGUGAUUUUGAUCUCCAGCGGGUGAAAGAAUCCACAUAUUUCUUCAGCUGAGAGGCUCAUGAGGGCGACCCAGCCGAGGGAGAUUGAUGGAAUUGACAGAGUGCGGCAGGGAGGCUGCAGACCUCCCGGAUCUCCACUGGCUUUUGUCUCCCUCAGACAUCAGGACAUUGAUCCAGCUGCGUGCUGCCUUCCUCCUCGUCCACAGGCUGGCUGGAGCUGUUAACACACAGUGAACCCGGCUGAUUAACUGGAAGACAGGGUGGGACACUCAUCCAGGCGAAAUGAUGAGGGAAUCAGCGCCGGAUGGGAAUGUUAAGACUUCAAUCAGUGAAAAGUACCUCUUAUAAUGGACGCUGAGACCAUAUUCAGGUGUGUGUGUGUGUGUGAGUGUGUGUACAUGAGCCAUACUGACUUCAUCACUCAGCAACACUUCUGCUGCUCGAUAAACUUUUCAACUACAAACUGUAAUCGCUAGUGAUUGGUGGCGUGAAGACCUCCACAGAGCGCUGACUUGCCUCUGCGCCUAUCCCACCUAAUCAUCGAUCCCGUCACUUACUGUAUAACAGGAUGAUCUCUGACACGAUAUUCAAACAUUCAAACAUUUAAACUGAAGAAGUUUGAAAAAGAGACGUUUAAGAGGAAACGUACUGAAAUGGAGGAUACAGGACUCUAAGAGAAAUGUGGAAGGACGAGUCAAGGACAGCUUGUGUCACAGUGUACUCUUGAUUCUUACCUUCUCGGACUGACUAAGCACCCGACAGUUGCCCUAAAAUAAAUGUGUUUCUUAAAAUGUCUCUCCUUAGUCAUUCAGUGAUUCAAAGAAAUAGCUGAUAUUCUUAGUGUGCUUAAAUAGGAUGAAUGAGAGAGCCUGUUAUUUAGUUAUAUCUGCAUAUUUCAGUUCUAUUGUGUAUCAUGAGAUGAAGGCCUCCUUUUAGAUGCACCACAAAGGGUUUGCAGGCUUCACUAAUCAACUCAGAUCUUAUUUUUCUGGGCCAGUGCUGCAUCUAGAAGUAAAAAUAGCAGAAGUGCUAUCUGAUCAUUGCUGGAAACGUUACAGCAGUUUCUGACAAAAGGUGCCGUUGAUGUUCAAAGGCAAAUGUAGACUGAGCCAAACAAAGCUGGCUGAGUGACAAUGUAAUGAAAUGGAAAUAAUCUGCGAGGGGGCAUGAAUAGUGCGCUGAUUAGACUGUAGGUUUUCACAUGAUUUGCAUGGAGAUGCUCCUCAUAUUUUAUGACGGGCGUGAGACUAGACCUGUGACUUUGAUCAGUUAUUUUAUUAUUUUGGUAAAAAAUGAGCAAUCACCUAAUGACUUGAUUUUACUGUGAACUCUUCUUUGAACUGUGUUAUUCAUGCACAAUGUACUUUCUGUGGGGACCAGCCAUAAAUAUUGAAUAUUAGAAAUUA